UGUCAAACUGGAGUUCUCCACCAAUCAGGGCCGCUCCUGGGCUCUCCUGCACACAGAGUGUCUUCCGGAGGUGUGUUCUGGAGCCCACCUUCCCCACAGCAGCAUCUACUCCUCUGAGAACUACAGCGGCUGGUCCCGGAUCAGCAUCCCGCUGCCCAACGCCGCGCUGACGGAGAGCACACGCUUCCGCUGGAGGCAGAGCGCUGCCGGGACCGGGAACAUGUGGGCCAUCGACAACGUGUACAUCGGCCCGUCCUGCCUGCGGUUCUGCUCCGGCAGAGGACACUGUUCCCGCACCGGCUGCCGUUGUGACCCCGGCUUCAGCGGUCCGGCAUGUGAGCUGGCGUCACAGGCAUUCCCGGCAUUCCUGUCGGAGAGUUUCUCCAGCACGCGUCUCUCCUCGUACCACAGCUUCAGCUCGCUGCGCGGCGCCGAGGUCAGCUUCGCCUGCGGGGUUCUGGCCAGCGGGAAAGCCCUGGUGUUCAACAGAGACAGCAGGAGACACCUCAUCACCACUGCACUGGACAGCUCACAGGCGAGGUAUCUCCAGUUCACGCUCAGACUGGGCAGCCGCAGCACCUCCAGCUCCUGUCCCGCUCCAGAUCAGCCGGGUGAAGGAGUUCUGCUGCAUUACUCCUCUGACAACGCCGUCACCUGGACACUGAUGGAGCACUACAGCUACCAGGGCUUCCAUGAGCCCAGGAUCGUGUCAGUGGAGCUCCCCCCUGGCGCGCGCAGGUUCGGGGUGCAGUUCCGCUGGUGGCAGCCGUAUCACUCGGGCCGUGGGCAGGACGUGUGGGCGGUGGACGAGAUCAGCAUGACCUCUGACCUCUUCAACAUCAUCAGCCUGGACUUCAGUAACGUGCUGGACGUCACACAGAGCCUGGGCUUCUACCUGGGCAAUGUGCAGCCCUACUGCCAGCACGACUGGACCCUCAGUUUUUCAGGUGACCACGGCUCGUCCUCCAGCAUCCGCUAUGUGGAGACGCAGUCCAUGCAGAUCGGAGCCUCCUACAUGAUCCAGUUCCUGCUGGUGAUGGGCUGCGGGCGCGAGCCGUCGCCACACAUCGACACACAGGUGCGGCUGGAGUUCUCCACCAAUCACGGCCUGACCUGGCAUCUGGUCAAAGAGGCGUGUCUGCCCGGCAUGCCCAGCUGCUCAGAGUUCACUGCACCCAGCGUCUACCACCCGUCUGAGUUCAGCGACUGGAGGCGCAUCACACUCCCGCUGCCGUACAAGACCUGGUCUUCAGCGACGCGUUUCCGCUGGAUCCAGAGCUACUAUCAGGAGCAGGACGAGUGGGCGCUGGACGACAUCUACAUCGGGCAGCAGUGUCCACAGAUGUGCCACGGUCACGGCUGGUGCGAUCACGGCCACUGCAGGUGUGAUGAGGGCUUCUCGGGCUCGGAGUGUGUGCCGGUCAGCCCUCUGUCCUCCAGUGUCCUCUCAGACUUCGAGACUGUGGAGAGUCUGCUGUCCGUCUGGCAGGAGGUGACGGGGGGAGAGCUGGUGCUGCCGGAGCAGGGCUGCGGGGUGGUGUCCUCGGGGUCCUCACUGUACUUCAGUAAGGCUGGACUGCGGCAGCUGCUCAGCGCAGAUUUAGACACGGAGUGGGCGGAGUUUGUGCAGUUCUACCUGCGGAUGGGCGGAGGCGGAGCUGAGUGUAACCAGGGCGACAGCAGGGAGGAGGGGCUUCUCCUGCAGUACAGUAAUGAUGGAGGCAUCAGCUGGGGUCUGAUAGCAGAGAUGUACUUCACCGACUUCACCAGGCCACGGUUUGUACACUAUGAGCUGCCGCUGGCCUCUAAGACCCCCUGCACACGGUUCCGCUGGUGGCAGCCGCUGCACUCGGGCGAGGGCUACGAUCAGUGGGCGAUUGAUGACGUGAUCAUCCUGUCUGAGCGGCAGAAACACAUCGUGCCCGCUGCAGACCCCACACUGCCACAGAACUUCUACGAGAAGCCGGCGUUCGACCAUCCGCUCAGCCAGAUGAGUGUGUGGCUGCUGCUGGGGAACGAAGGCCUGGAGAAGGAGCAGAACGCCAGCUUCUGCUCGCCCGCGCCCUCCGCCAUCAUCUUCGGCCGCGCGGAUGGAGACCGGGUGGCAGUGACCCGAGACCUGGCGCUGCGGCCCGGAUACACACUGCAGUUCAAGCUGAAUAUAGGCUGUGAGUCGGUGUUCAGUGCGUCGGCGCCGGUGCUGCUCCAGUAUUCUCAUGACGCGGGCCGCACCUGGGCUCUGGUUCAGGACGGCUGUUUCCCAGAAUCCCCUGCGGCGUCCGGCUGUGAGGGCAGCGGCCGUGAGCUCCGGGAGCCCAGCGUUUACUACACCGGGGACUACGAGCGCUGGACCCGCAUCACUGUGGUGAUACCACGAGCUGUGGCUGCCAGCAAGACGCGUUUCCGCUGGUUCCAGGAGAGCAGUGUGUAUCGGGACGCUCCCCCCUUCGCUCUGGACGGCGUCUACAUCUCUGAGCCGUGCCCUAAUCACUGCGGCGGUCAUGGAGACUGCAUCUCCGGAGUCUGCUUCUGCGACAUGGGAUACACUGUGGAGCUGGAGCGCUCCAGCUGUGUACCGUCUGCAGUGAGUCCCUCUGAGCUGUCGGACGGGUUCGAGGGUAAGCUGAGCGCGCAGUGGCAGAGUCUGAGCGGCGGGGCGGUGGGCGACGGCUGCGGGACCAUCGGCGAGGGGAAAGGGCUGUACUUCAGCAGUCUGGGCCGGCGGGAGGCUCGCACCGCACCGCUGGACACCACACACACACGGUUGGUUCAGUUCUACAUUCGCAUCGGGGGGAAGAACAUGGGCUCCUCCUGCACUCGGCCCCGCACACGGAACGAAGGUGUGAUCGUGCAGUUCUCCAUCAAUAACGGUGUGCAGUGGCAGCUGCUGCGAGAGCUCGACUUCAGUUCCUUCCUGGAGCCGCAGGUGGUGACCAUCGAGCUGCCGGCGCCAGCCAAAACCCCACACACUGUGUUCCGCUGGUGGCAGCCACAGCAGGGUAAACACUCGGCCCAGUGGGCUCUGGAUAAUGUUCUGAUCGGGAUGAACGACAGCUCCAGAAGCGGAUUCUAUGACACGUUUGACACGGCAGCGCCGCUCAGACACAACUGGUACCGAGUCACCGGAGGAGAACUGGUGGAGGACUGCCACACACACACCACUGUGCUCAACUUCAACUCUGAGGCGCUGGACAAGCGUCCGCGGGUGGCUGAGAGCUGGGACUUCGAGGUGUCUGGCUCCUCCUUCCUGCAGUUUGAGCUGAGCUUCGGCUGCAGUAAGUCUGCAUCUGCAUCUCACGGUGUGCAACUGGAGUUCUCCACCGACUGCGGACGCCACUGGAGCCUUGUGCAGACCGAGUGUGUGCCACCCGCCAUCGGCUGCUCAGCGUACACACAGCGCUCGGUAUACAGCGCUCCGCAACACCUGCAGUGGAGGAGGAUCACUGUAUACCUGCCCAGCGCUGCCAUUUCUCCAAGAACCCGGUUCCGCUGGAUUCAGCCUCACUUUGCUCCCGGAGCUGACGGCUGGGCGCUGGAUAACGUGCUGCUGACGCCCGGCUGCCCCUGGAUGUGCUCAGGACACGGCCUGUGUGAUGGAGGACACUGUGUCUGUGACCCGGGUUUCGGCGGGCCGCACUGUGUGCCUGCAGUCGCUCUGCCGUCCGUCCUGAAGGAGGAUUUUAAUGAGGUCCUGCGCUCAGACGUGUGGCCAGAGGUGUACGGCGCAGAGCGGGGAACACUGAGCGGAGAACCACUGAAGUCAGGAACCGCACUCAUCUUUAAAGGAGAGGGUCUGCGCAUGCUGGUGUCAGCUGAUCUGGACUGCACACACACACUCUACAUCCAGUUCUCAUUCAAGUUCAUCACUAAGGGAGUGCCGGAGCGCUCUCACUCAGUGCUGCUGCAGUAUUCAGUGAACGGAGGGAUCAGCUGGCUGCUGAUAGAUGAGUUUUAUUUCCCCACAUCCACUGACACACUGUUCGUCCACAUGAGCCUCCCUGCCAGCGCACAGACCAACGCUACACGCUUCCGCCUGUGGCAGCCCUACAACAGCGGUAAGAAGGAGGAGGUGUGGGUGUUGGAUGACCUGCUGCUGGACGGAGACUCCCUCAGCAGAGCGCCGCUGGUGCUGGACGGCUUUGAGUCCGGCCCACAGGAGCAGAACUGGCUGUUUUACCCUGGAGGAAACACCGGCUUCUACUGCCCGUACCAGAGAGCAGGAGCGGAAGAGGACUCCGCCAUGGUGUUCAUGUCCAGCGAGCUCGGCGAACACUCCAUCACCACCCGAGACAUCGACGUCAACGAGAACACCGUCAUCCAGUUCCAGAUUAACGUGGGCUGCACCGCCGAGAGCUCCUCGCUGAACCCCGUGCGUCUGGAGUUUUCUCGAGAUUUCGGCGCAUCGUGGCAGCUGCUGGUUCCGCUGUGUGCCGGGGGUCCAAGACUGAGCUCCCUGUGCUCCACUCAGCUGCACCCGGCCAGCGUGUACUACCCCGGAACCAGCCCACGCUGGAGGAGGGAGAGCAUACCGCUGGGCACACUGCGGCUCUGUGGCUCUGUCAGGUUCCGCUGGUACCAGGGCUUUUUUUCGGGUGGUGUAGCUCCGCCCACCUGGGCUCUGGACAGUGUGUACAUCGGGCCGCAGUGCCCAGGCAUGUGCAGCGGGCGCGGUGUGUGUGUUCAGGGCACUCACUGUGACUGUGACCCGGGAUACUCCGGUCCAGACUGCUCCAUCGCGGAUCUGCCCAAUCCAGACUUCCUGAAGGAGGAUUUUGAAGGAUCGGUUCUGGAGUCUGAGCACUUCCGGCUGAUGAGUGGAGGAAAGCCGUCCAGGAAGUGCGGCAUCACCACCAGCGGGAACCACCUGUUCUUCAGCGAGGACGGCCUGCGCAUGCUGGAGACGCUGGACCUGGACCUGUCCAACGCUCGGUUCAUCCAGUUCUUCCUGCGGCUGGGCUGUGGGAAGGCGGCCCCGGACCCGCGCUCUCAGCCAGUGCUGCUGCAGUUCUCGGUGGACGCGGGCCUGACCUGGACUCUCCUGCAGGAGUUCCUGUACAGCAACAGCAGUAACCAGGCUCACCUGGUGGCCCUGGAGAUCCCGCUGAGAGCGCGCACACCCGCGACACGCCUGCGCUGGUGGCAGCCAUCCGAGAGCGGACACUUCCACAGCCCCUGGGUCAUCGAUAAACUGGUGGUAGGUGGCAGUGCCAGUGGCUGGGGGCCGCUGGAGGAUGAUUUCUCCUCCACAGACGGGCGCUCCUGGCUGCUGCACCCGGGCGGCACACGGAUGCCAGUGUGUGGGUCCGAUGGCGCAGCGUUCGCGUUCAUCGAGAAGUCAAACACUCGCUACGGCGUCACCACCGACAUCAGCCUGGGGCCCGACGCCUUCAUACAGUUCGACUUCUCCGCAUCCUGCUCCGUCACAUCCUCCUGCUACACGGUGGAGCUGGAGUAUUCUCUGGAUCUGGGUCUGUCAUGGCUGCCGCUGGUCAGGGAUUGUCUUCCUGCGAGCGCCGACUGCUCCUCAUACACACUGCAGCGGCUGCUGGUGUCUGACACCUACAACAAGUGGGGCAGAGUUACUCUACCCAUACCACACUACGCCAGGUCCUCAGCCACGCGGUUCCGCUGGUUCCAGCCGGCUCCCUUCGAUAAGCAGCAGACCUGGGCUCUGGAUAACCUGUACAUCGGGGACGCCUGCGCAGACAUGUGCUCGGGCCGCGGACGCUGCAGACGGGGCGCCUGUGUGUGUGACCCCGGGUGGUCCGGUGACUCCUGUGAGCAGCCGCUGGCGUCUCUGCCCGUGCAGCUGAAGGACAGUUUCAGCCGAGCGCCGGCGCUCACACACUGGCAGCUGCUGACCGGAGGGAAGAUCAGCAGUGUGUGCGGGGCGGUGGCGUCCGGGUCAGCGCUGCACUUCAGCGGGAGCUGCUCUCGUCAGCUGGUGACGGUGGAGCUGAACCUGACCAGCGCUGAGUUCAUCCAGUUCUACUUCAUGUACGGCUGCAUGGAGGCUCCGAGCACCCGCAGCCAGAGCGUCCUGCUGGAGUUCAGUGUGAACGCAGGCGUGAGCUGGAGCCUGCUGACCGAGAUCUUCUACAACCACUACAGCAAGCCGGAAUUUGUGAAUGUGCUGCUGCCCCCUGCUGCGCGCGUGGUGGGAGUGUGUGUGCGCUGGUGGCAGCCGCAGCAUGACGGCGCCGAGCGCAGCGACUGGGCUCUGGAUAAUGUGCUGAUCUCCGGCUCCGACACACACACACACAUCUCCGACACCUUUGGAGGAGCGGCGGUGCCCAGCCAUGAGCGCACGCCUGCUGACGGCACACACACACACCACAGCGGCUCACCCGCACUCCAUGAGGAGACCAUCGUAAGCGAGCACUGGCUGUUUUCUGAGGACUGCUCCGUCAAACACUUCUGCGGGUCUCCAGACGGGGUGAUGGUGUGCGGGAGCAGCGACGGGCAGGAGGUGUACGCCGUCACACACGACAUCAUUCCUGCUAAAGGCUGGGUCAUGCAGUUCAAGAUUGCGGUGGGCUGCAGUGUGCUGGAGAAGCCCGAGGAGCGGCAGGUUCAUGUCCAGUACUCGGUGAACUUCGGCGUGAGCUGGAAGUAUCUGGUGCCUCAGUGUUUGCCUGCGGACGCUCGCUGCGGCGGCUCGGUGUCACAACCCUCCGCAUUCUUCCCUGCAGACGACUGGAGGAGAGCAGUGUAUCCUCUGCCCGACAGCCUCGCAGACACGACGGUGCGCUUCCGCUUCUAUCAGAGGCACUCGGACACCCAGUGGGCCGUGGAGAACUUCUAUAUCGGGCCGGCCUGUGAUGGGCACUGCGGUGGGCACGGAGACUGUCUGGAGCAGCAGUGUGUGUGUGACCCGGGCUACAGCGGUGCUCAGUGCUACGCCAGCGGGCCGCUACAGGCAUCCUUGAAGGAACGCUUCGACUGGGAUGGGGCCCGCGGGCCGCACUGGCAGCUGCUGGAGGGUGGGCAGCCCUGUGCCCACUGCAGGGUGCUGGUGGAGGGAACGGCACUGUACUUCAGCGGAGCCGGAGCCAGACAGGCCGUCACCAACGAUCUUGACCUGCGCGGUGCAAAGUUUGUGGAGUACUGGGCUAGAAUCGGCAGCGAGGAGAACGUGACUGUGUGUCACCGGCCGGCCUGCCGCAGAGAAAGUGUGCUGCUGGACUACUCUGUAGACGGAGGUGUGUCCUGGACGCUGCUGCAUGAGAUGGACUACCUGAAGUACGCGUCUGUGCGCCGAGACUACAUCGAGCUGCCGGAGCGGGCGCUGACCAACAGUACCCGCCUGCGCUGGUGGCAGCCCUUCGCCCUGAGCGCCGGCCUGGUCCGACCCGCUGCGGGGCGCGCUCAAUGGGCCCUCGACAACAUCCAGGUGGGCGGAUCCGACAUCAACCCCAGCAUGCUGCUGGACACCUUCGAUGACGAAGGAGUCUCUCAUGAGGAGAGCUGGAGCUUCUACCCUAAUGCCGUCCGCACCGCCGGCUUCUGUGGAAACCCGUCCUUCCACCUGUACUGGCCCAACAAGAACCAGGACGGCUCACACAACAUCCUGGCCACCCGCGAGCUCAUCGUCCAGCCCGGGUACAUCCUGCAGUUCAAGAUUGUGGUUGGCUGUGAGGCAGACAGGUGUGAUGACCAUCAUUCAGUACUUCUGCAGUACAGGAAGGAUGCCAGGUCGGAUGUGUGGCAGCUGGUCCAGUCUGCCUGUCUGCCGUCCUCCAUCAAUAACGUGGGCUGCUCACCGUUCCAGUUUCACGAGUCCACCAUCUACAGUCCAGUCAACAGCUCCGCCUGGACCAGAGUCACCAUCCAGCUGCCGGACCACGUGUCCUCUGGAGCGACGCAGUUCCGCUGGAUCCAGAUGGAGGCUCCAGGAGAGCGCUACAGUUGGGCCGUGGACCAGGUUUACAUCGGGGAGGCAUGCGCCGGGCUGUGCAGUGGGCACGGGUACUGCACCAGCGGGCCCGUCUGCAUCUGUGAUGAGGGACACCAUGGCGAUGACUGCUCCUUGUCCAGCACGGAUCUGCCCAGCUCCAUCAAGGAUAACUUUGAGUCAGGCUGGGUGUCAGAGGAGAGCUGGAGCCUGGUGCAGGGUGGCGGGGUGGGCAGUGGCUGUGGGCAGCUCUCUCCUCAUGCCCACGGAGACUCGCUGUACUUCAGCGGCUGCAGGAUACGACAGGCCGUCACCAAAGCCCUGGACCUGACCCGCGCCAGCAAGAUCAUGUUCGUGCUGCAGAUCGGCAGUGUCUCUCAGACCGACAGCUGUAACACUGCGCUGGAUCAGCCGGAUGCCGUGGACCGAGCCGUGCUCCUGCAGUACAGCGUCAACAACGGCAUCAGCUGGCACGUGAUCGCGCAGCACCAACCCAAAGACUUCAUCAAAGCCCAGAGAGUGUCCUACAACAUCCCGCUUGAGGCGCGGGUCCGGGGCGUUCAGCUGCGUUGGUGGCAGCCGCGCCACGAGGGCACAGGGCACGACCAGUGGGCACUGGACCAUGUGGAAGUCAUUCUCACACGCAAACAGAACUACAUGAUGAGCUACUCCAGACAGACGGGUCUGCACCACUACUACAGCCGGAAGAGGCGGGCUCUGCGGCAGAGAAGCUAAAGGAAAGAAGCUCCCGCCGCCGUCACACACAUUACUCUGCUGGCUACAGUCUGCUUUCCCUGAUGAGAAAACACCACGUCAGGUCACUUCCGUCGGCUUCUGGCCAUUCUCUCUCAUCCGAACGAAACAUUGGACCAUAUAGUCCCAUUCCUAGCCAAUCAAUGCCUUCCCAGAGCAGUGUGAUGGGAAAGACCAGCUCCUAAACGUGGCGAUUUUUGUACUCUAUCUUAUGAACUGUUGGGUUUCCUGAUUCUGUUUACUGUACUGUUGUUUGCAUUCUCCUGAUGUGAACUACUGCAAAGCUCUCCCGAUCUCACCUCACCUUCUACCACACUGUGAAGUUAUCCCGAUGGUUACGAUGAUCUUUACUCAUGCUGAUGUAGAUGCAGAGAGGGAAACUGAAGAAGACUGAUGCCGAAACGGUUUCGUGGAUGAAGAUUAUGACGAUGUAUUUUGCUGUUGUGUGUCUGUGGGUUUGUUUUGUGAUGCAUUGGUUGUGGUGUUCAAAUCAUUUGUUAGUUUUAUACUAACUGCUAUCUUUUGGGCUUUGACCAUACUCCUUUGUGAAAUAAGGCACUGGGAGAGGUCGGCCUCAGAGAGGGAAGAAGAAAAUCCUGCAGAGAAGGAAAAGAAAGAGUAUGUUUAAACAGAGAGACUAACAUGUUUUAUUGUUGUUGAUAAAUCACUUUUUUUAUAUAUCAUGGUUCCUUAAGAAUAUUUAUGGUGAACGGUUCUCCACUUAACCUAUUUAAAAUACACUGUGUAAAAAUAUGUUUCUGGUUUGUUUUGGUUAUUUUGGGUUGUUUUUAGGUCAGAUUAUUGGUUGCAAUCCUCCCUCUCAUCAUCAGUGUCCUCCAGUUGUGCUGUUAGACAUUCCCCCAUUUUCACUCUUACUUUGAUUACCUGUCAGUGGUGUUUAUGAUGUUCCCUUCUCCCUUACUUGGUGUAGCUCUCCAAUAUAGCAAGUUCUUGUGUGCAUAUAUAUAUAUGUAUAUAUGCAGGGAUCCAUCAGCCUUAUAAAAAUAAAGAACUGUCGAAACCUCCAA